GUACCCCAUAUGGAGAAUAAGAAAUAUGCGAUCGCCACCGCAGAAACCUGGGUGUUCUUGACUCAAACAGAAGGCUACUAGAGCCACUUUUUAGAAAGUACUAUUCCAUAAGGUUGAUAUGAAGCAAUGGAACAAGCUCGACGUUGCCGGUUGCGUCUGGCGAUACUCCAUGAUCACGUGAUGCGAAUCCCAGCCCAGGCCAACGAGAACCUUGGAAAAAAAGAAAGCAACAACCGAAGAAGAAUGAAAUCAACGCUUCACCAAGGGGAUCACGCAUCUCUGUACUGUACAUUGCUGUCGACCUACCUGAAACCUCUAUUGACUCUUUCUGUGUAGCCUUUGCGGUUUCCCAAAGCUAUUUUUACUGCAUAUCCAACCCUCAGAAUCGCAGCGUCUUUUUAGACUUGACUUGCGCCCUUGAGAAGCUAUCAGUCGGCGCUGCAAACCACUUCAGCACAAAAUGUACAACCCAUACCAAUCACAAACCCCUUUCGGUAGACCACCGGAGUUUACUGCAUUCCCAGGAGGCCCCCCCGGCAUGCCACCUCCUCCCGGAUUGUCAGCCCCUGGGACUGGCCCUCCACCUGCCAUGCAACAAUCGAAUACCCAGCAACCUGGCCGACCAGGUGGAUUCCCUCCGAACUUUCAACCCCCCGCAAAUAUGCCCAAUAUUAACUUCUCCGCUCCUGUUAUCCGCCUUGGCACCUCUGGCGCAUCGAAAUCAGCUACUCCUAUGGAAAGCGGCCGGGAACGUGGAGGAGAGACUGGUGGGAGACGUGGUGGCCAGGGCCAUCAUUCGUUGGAAUCGCAGCGCCAGAAUUUACGAGACGCGAUGUUACAACUACAACCGCCUACGAAAGAAGAGGUUGUGCGGACUAUAUUUGUUGGUGGCAUAACGGAGGGAGUCAGCAGCGAUGAAGAUAUAGAACGGAUACUUCGAACUACGGGGAAUUUGAAGCGUUGGAUCCGUGCUACGGAUGCGGAUGAGAAGCCAUGCACGUUUGGUUUUGCAGAGUAUGAGGACCCUGAGAGUUUAAGCACGGCAGUAGAAGUGCUAAAGGAUAUUGAAGUACCUGUGAAAAAACCGACUCCAGUGAAAGAGGACGGGGUGGACGGGGACGAGGUUGAGAAGAGCAAGCUACUGGUGGUUUUCGAUGAUAGCUCUCUCAAGUACCUCGAACAAUUUGAGUCGACUACCCAGCGAGACCCUGAAGCUGAGCAAGCACGGUUAGAUGGGGCUAAAGCGGCUCUGGCCAAAGUCCUCUCCGAGCUUGCCAGCCCGCCAGCCCCUGCUAAAGCGGAUGAGCCUUCAAAAGUGGUGGACGGCGAGGGCGAUACCCCAAUGAAAGAUGCAGAUGGACAGAAAGACGGGAGCCCUGCUGAAGUUGUUACGAUUCCUAUUAACGUUGAGGAUGAGUUGUCAGAUAUUCCUGCGGAAAUGAGAGAAACUGUCGCAAAAGAAAUUGCCGCGUUCCGUGAAAGAAGCAAUCGCCGCGACCUUGAAAGACUGAAGAGAGAAGAAGAACUCGAAUCUCUAGAGCGAGCUAGAGCCAGUGGAUCUAGACCAAGCAGAUUAGCUUCACCGCCCCCAACGGCACCAAGUGGCCCUGCUGGAGGUGCAAAUGGCAUCCCUCUGGGGCCGAGGGACAGGGGUGUUCCAAAUGCUCCUUCGGCUCCAAAGGGGUUUGGCCAUCAGAUCCCAAGGGACUACCAGAAGGGGGUGUCGUUCGUGAACGGAAGCGGGAUAAAUGGUGCUAAUGAAGACGAGGAUACCGACGCAAGCGAUGAAGAGCUUGAAAGAAGGCGGAAGGAUAAGAAAGCCAUUGAAGCGGAGAAGCAGUACUUAGAUCAAGAAAGGAGAUGGCUGAAUCGGGAGCGGAGCAGAACAGCAGCAGUGGAGCGAGAAAAAAAUCGGGACAAGGAAGAAGAUAUCCGACUACAGGAGGAAAAGCAAAUCAUGGCUAAACGCCUGCGAGAAUGGAACGACGACGUCGAAGCUAGCCGAAAACUCGAGGAGUACUACGCUGACCGUGGAGUCUGGAUACGGAAUAGGGCGGCAUUUAGAAACAGAGAGAUCAACAUGGAUGAAGCCGAUCGUGCUGCAGAGGAACGCGAGAAUGCCCGGACUCAACAACAACGAGAACAAGCUCGCGGCAUGGCGGACGACUUCCUUGCCCGGCAAGCUGAGGAGUUGGAGUCCCGGACCCAAGCACCAAGAGAGCCACAACGCUUUAAAUUGUCUCUGGGUGCAGCAGCACAGAGAGCCCAGGCUACGGCGCGGAGAACAGUGGCGGAAGUCGAGGGUCUUCUUGAAGAUGAGGAGGACACGGGAGCCGCCACGAGGCGUCCACUUACUUCUAUUAAGUUUGACACUGCGGCUGAGUCGGCCGGUCUUACGGACGAAGAGCGCGCACAGGCGGCAAGACAACUUGCUGCAGAUAUUCCAUCGGACAAAGAAGGCCUUUGGAACUGGGAGGUUAACUGGGAGUUUGUGGAUGAGUCUGUGCGGGGCGAACAGCUCAAGCCAUUCGUCGAGAAGAAAAUUAUGGAGUAUCUUGGUGUCCAAGAGCAGAUGCUGGUCGACGUGGUUGAGGAACAUAUCCGGAAACGGGGACAUCCUCAGGAGUUAGUCGAGCUGUUGGAAGAGGCUCUGGACGAGGAGGCGGAGAUUCUAGUUAAGAAACUCUGGCGCAUGAUUAUCUUCUUCUCAGAAAGCGAGAAAAGAGGUCUCUCCGGCUAAAAUAUAAAUGUAACUAUAUGUAUACAUUUCCAUAGGAGAGAAAUGAUGACUUCCACUUAGUUUAUUCGGCGGGGUUCAUUCGGAUGCAGUGCAGUCUAUUUAACCCGGUUUGGUUUUAUGUGAGAUUCCCUUAAAAAUCGUUCAUCAUCUAUUAAUGAUUCAUAGUUAUUCGCCCUCUCCCUGGCUUUUAUUUUUAAUUUGUAAACUAGCUGAAAAUGGAUGCUUUAGCAUUUCCUUUUGACGCAUGAAAUAGUAUUCAACCAUUAGUCUGUUCUGUGCUCACGAGUCUUUCAGGAGUUUAUUACCUUCUCGUUCGUUUGAUACAUGGGGCACUACCCCUUACCUAAGGGGCCAUUUUUCUCCCCUCAUAUGAUGUGGUUUCGAAAAAGAAACCACUACAAGUCAGUGAAAUGGAAUCGAGGCCUCUCAAUCUUGGUAAUGUGGCUCAGUAUCACGAGCAUGAUCUAACCAGGUAUAUGUGAAUUCGAUACAUAAUUGAAAUCAUAAAGCAAAAUGGAAUGCCCUUCGAUCCUGGUCCUGCUUUACCUUCUUUUAAUAGGUACAUGUACAUACAUUACAUCAGCCCGCAACCACCCGGAAAUUGGGGGUUGAUCAAUCUCGCGAAAUAUAUAACCUUUCCUUCAUCGUCAAGGGAUCGCACGAUGCCGUCUACACCAACAUCGGUGAACCCCCUAGAAUCUUUACUUAGCGCAUGGAUGACAUUCAGUAGGUCGUUCUGGCUCCUGAUGGACACCCAAUCAGCAUAUUUUCAUCAUGACGGGCCAUCCAUAUAUUGGACUUUGCACUGCAGCGGCGCUUUCUGCAGCGAUACCAAGGAGCACAAGGGAGAAAAAAAAUAAAAUAAAAAAAAGGCGAUGCUGAAGCUUCAUGAUGAUGGGUAUAUAUAAUACAGGAAGUACCGUCCAAUUGAAGAAGCACAUUCCGCAGUUGAGGGUAGUCCUUCUCGGUCCUAUAUCCAAGUUUCCCUCAACAUCAGAACUUGGGUAGUCUUGAGAAAUAAAAUUGGCCCCCGAAAGCAGACAAGAUACAGGAUUUAUCAAGCGCGAAUGUCAACUUCUUGUCGAGGAUAGACUCUGAAACGAAAACUUCCCAUCUGACUGUUAAGGACGGCAAAAUCGAAAAUUGAACGGCCAAUCAAUGACUUCCUACCACCUUUCGUCAUUGCUUGAUCUUGAACUACUCCUGUUCAUGACGACCGCACGGCUUACCUCGCCAGAUAAGGAAUGCCAUUCAUUUUUUUUUUUUUUUUUUUUUUUUUUUUU